AUGGUUCCAUCAACACUUGCGGCUUGCUUCAGAGAAAAAACCAAAGUGGUGCUUGUCCCCAAACUGGUGCUCCUUAUGUGGAAUCCUCCUGCUAAUCUGGAAGAUCUUUUUACCUCCAAUAUUUUCCGGUGCUCUAAAAGGAGAGGAAAAGUGAUGGAUUUUUGGACAGAAGAUUUCUUUAGAUCACGGGGAACAUUUGCAAAUAUGGCUUCUAGAAGACUUAUUGUAACUGAAUUUUGGUCCCCUCCAGAUGUUGGGUGGAAGAAACUAAACUUUGACAGGAGCUGUUUGGGAAACCCUGGCACAUCGGGCAUUGGUGGGGUAAUGAGGGAGGAGAAUGGAAAUAUCAUUGCCAUGUUCUCAGGCCCUACCCAGCAUGGUGGUGUGGUGAAUUCAGAAUUGAAGGCAACAGUGUUUGGUGUUGAGAAAGCUAAAGAGUUGGGGAUUAACAGAUUGGUUAUUGAAGGGGACUCAAAAGUCGUUGUAAACUGGCUGAAAGAGGAUGUAGCAAUCUGGAGAUUAAGAAAUGAGUUCAGGCGCUUUAAGCAGGCUUCUAAAGAUAUGGAAAUUCACUAUUUAUCAAAAAAAAAAAAGAUAGGGAAAUUCACAUAA